AUGUCUUCAGACGACUAUGUCCAGAAGUUUGAAACCCUUCAGAUCCACGCCGGUCAAGUUCCUGACCCGACAACCCACGCUCGUGCCGUCCCCAUCUACCAAACGACGUCCUACACCUUCGAUGACUCCGCCCACGGCGCGAGGCUGUUCGGCCUGAAAGAGUUUGGAAACAUCUACAGUCGGAUCAUGAACCCCACGGUCGAUGUGUUUGAGAAGAGAAUUGCUGCACUCGAGGGGGGCGUGGCCGCCGUGGCAACGGCUUCGGGCCAAGCCGCCCAAUUCAUGACCAUUGCUGCCCUGGCGCAUGCCGGCGACAACAUCGUCUCCACCUCUAACCUGUACGGAGGCACCUACAAUCAGUUCAAGGUCAUGUUCCCCCGGUUGGGCAUUGAGACCAAGUUCUUGACCUCGGAGAAGCCUGAAGACUUCGAAAAGGCCAUUGACGACAAGACCAAGGCGGUCUACGUGGAAACCAUCGGUAAUCCUCGUUACAAUGUGCCGGACUUUGAGGCGAUUGCCAAAGUGUGCCAUGCCAAGGGUGUGCCCCUGGUGGUCGACAACACUUUCGGCGCAGGAGGCUACUUCUGCCAGCCCAUUGCCCAUGGCGCAGAUAUCGUUGUCCACAGUGCUACCAAGUGGAUCGGCGGGCACGGCACCUCGAUUGGGGGGAUCAUUGUCGACUCGGGCAAGUUUGACUGGAAAGCCAAUGCAAAGCGAUUUCCUCAGUUCAACGACCCAGCUCCGGGCUACCACGGAUUGAAAUUCGUCGACACGUUCGGUGCGAUGGCCUUCAUCAUCCGCGUGCGGGUGGAGAUCCUGCGAGACAUGGGUGCGUGCUUGUCGCCGUUCAAUGCACAACAGUUCCUCCUCGGCAUUGAGACGCUGAGUUUGCGAGGCGAACGCCACGCCUCCAACGCUCUCAAGCUGGCGCAAUGGCUUGAGAAAAACCCCAACGUCGCUUGGGUGUCGUACCUUGGCCUCCAGAGCCACCCUUACCACGAGCUUGCGAAGAAGUAUCUGCCCCGAGGAUUUGGUGGGGUGCUGUCGCUAGGUAUCAAAGGAGGCGCCGAUGCGGGUGCCCAGGUAGUCGAUGGCUUUAAGUUGAUCUCCAAUCUCGCCAAUGUGGGAGAUGCAAAGACCCUGGCGAUUCAUCCCUGGUCGACGACCCACGAACAGCUCAGCGAACAAGAGCGAAUCGAUUCUGGAGUGACACCGGACGCCGUGAGGAUUUCGGUGGGCUUGGAGAACAUCGACGACAUUAUCCACGACUUUGAGCAGAGUUUCGCGGCCAGCGAUGCUGCGCGGACCAAUGCCGAGGCGAACAAGGCCAACGCUACAGUUGAAGCGAAGCCGAAUGUUGAUGCCAAACUCAGUGGGGCUACCUGA